AUGGAUCUCCCGGGGCGCAUCCUGCAGUCGCUGGCUGCCUGGAUCCAGGCCACGCCCGUCUACGUCCUCCUCGCCCUCGCCGUCGUCCUGAUACUCACCGGGCUGCUGACGCUCUUUGCCCUGCUGCACCUCGUCGCGCCCAAGCCCCGCGCGCCGUUUCCUUCAGAAAAGACGUACCUUACCAGCAGCCCGGACGGCGCACCGACGGCGCCGCGCCCGCUGCCCUGCUGGUACGACCGCUGGCUCGCCGAGCGCCGUCUGAGUGAGCAGCAGCAUGGCCCCUCCGACGCCGCCGACCCGACGACGACGACCCCCGACUCUGGCACCAUCGACCCGGCCGAGCUGCGCCUCAGCGUCGUGCUGCCCGCGUACAACGAAGAGGACCGCAUCCUGCCGACGCUCGAAGAAGCCGUCGCGUACCUCGACGCGCACGUCGGCCGCCCCGGCACCAAGCCCCCAUCAUCCUCCUCCGAACCGAGCCCCCGAAAGCAGCGCCGCCGCCGCGCGGCGUCGGAGCUCGACAUCCCCCCCGCCGGCUACGAAAUCAUCGUCGUCAACGACGGCAGCAGAGACAAGACGGUCGACGUGGCGCUGCGGUUCGCGCGGGACAGGCAGCUGCACGACGUGCUGCGCGUCGUGAGCCUGGAGAAGAACCGCGGCAAAGGCGGCGGCGUGACGCACGGCCUGCGGCAUGUCCGCGGCCACUAUGUGCUCUUUGCCGACGCGGACGGCGCCACGCGCUUCAGCGACGUCGGCAAGCUGAUUGAGGGCUGCGAGGAAGUCGUCGACGCCUCGGGCCGCGGUGUGGCGAUUGGUAGCCGCGCGCACCUGGUUGGCAGCGAAGCAGUAGUCAAGGUACGUUUUUUCCCGCAUGUACUAUUACGACAGAAAAAGAGAAGGGUCAAGACGGAGAAUCAGGAGAAGAAGCUAACACGAUAUAUUCAGCGCUCUGCUUUGCGCAACUUUCUCAUGCGCUCCUUUCACCUGGUUCUCACCAUCCUCACACCGCCCGCGACGUCGCGCCUCCGCGACACGCAGUGCGGCUUCAAGCUGUUUACGCGCGCCGCGCUGCCGCACAUUGUGCCGUACAUGCACGCCGAGGGCUGGAUCUUUGACAUUGAGAUGCUCAUGCUCGCCGAGUCGGCCCCCGCCGCGCCCCUGCGCGCCGCCGACGGCACCGUCCUCGGCACCAGCCCGGGCAUCAAGGUCGCCGAGGUGCCCGUCGCCUGGCACGAGGUCGGCGGCAGCAAGCUGAAUGUGGUGCAGGACAGCGUCCGCAUGGCCGUCGGUCUCGCGGUGCUGCGCGCGAGCUGGAUGCUGGGCGUGUACAGGCGGCGCCUGACGUAG